AUGACAAAGGCUCCAACGAACUCUCCUUCUGAGUUGGAACGUCUAGAGAAAGAGGAUAAGGUGGCGAGACCAUCGACCUCUUUCAAGGACCGCCUCGGCAAAUGGCUGGUACCUUUCCUCAUAGUGAUGUUGGUUAUCACUGGUACCUUCAACACUGUUGCUGGUAAAAUAAGAUCUGAGCCUCUUGGAGAGUACUCAGGCUUUGUCACUAGUAUCAUCGGCCAGUUUGUUUACUUUACCGUGUAUUGGAGUAUUCUCGGUGGAAAGGCUCUCCUCGGGUUUGUUACCAAAGAGGAGUUCCUCUGGGUAUGGACACCUCGAAAAGACGAAGACAUUGAUCCCUCCAAACGUGGUCUGAGGAGAUGGUGGGCACGUCUGCCUGGUAUCAAGUACACUUUCUUUUCAUCGCUGAGUGACGUGAUGGGCGAUAACUUUAUGUUCAUGACACAACCUUAUUUGUCUAUUAUCGUCUUCAAUCUACUUCAACAAGGUAUGGUCCCCUUCACCUUGAUCUGGUCUUGCCUCAUCCUAGCAGCAAGAUACACUUUGCAAGAGCUCUUUGGUGUUAGUUUGGUCGUUGCCAUGACUAUUGCCUCUGCUGUUACCUCUUCUACCAGUGAGGGGUCCAGCAGUGUUGGUAUGUCCAUCAUUUGUCUGAUGUCUACUAUGUUCCAAGCUCUAGGAUUUGUGAUAAAAGAGUACAUGUUCCGCGACUAUACUGCCUUUGCGGAAAAGCACAACUACAAACAGAAGAAUUUAGACGUGUUUGCUGUGAGUAGUUCUAAUCACACGUUUGGUAUCAUCUGGGUUUUCCCGAUAUCAAUUAUGGUCGAAAUGGUUCGAACGGAUGAGAACGUACUGGACGUCAUGGCAGCUGGUUUCGACACUCUACUGCAUGCUCAUGGUGCUAUGUCCUCAUUCGUUGUUUACAUGGUCAUUAACGUUUGCUUUAACAUCACCAUCUAUCUACUGGUCUCAUACGGGUCUAGUCUAUUAACAUUUGUAAGCCUCAAGAUCACAGUGCCCUUGUCUGCUUUCAUGUCAUUGAUUAGUUGGCCCUUGGUUGGCGCUGAUACGGUCACUUGGUUUGAAUGGUUAUCUCUGGUCGUUAUUAUGAGUGGCGUUGUCAUCUUCCGUCAUGGUAAUGGCAAACGUGAAAUGUUGGAGGAGGAGAACAAGCGUAUUGAUGAGUCUGGUGACACGAAUACUCCCAAGACUAUCAUUUGCUUCUGGCCUCUCUUCAGAAAAAGAAGAGGCAAGUCUCCUCAGGCAGCAGACGUCGAGAUCCCCGUGAAAAGUAGUGAAGUUAUCGAACAACGUGAGGCUGGUGUCAAUGUAACGACUAAGAACUCUAUGUAA